CCCGGAUUCCCUCGUUCAACACCCGACGCUUUGCUUCAGCCAUGCUGCCUGGCCUAUGUUUCUUCGUGCUUGCGGGCCUGCGGCCCGUCGCCGCAGACGGCGGUCCAAAAUGCGCAGGAUGCCCGCACGUUACUGGGGCUGGCAUGGCGGAGGUGGAUGGCUACUACUAUCAGGGGACGCCCGAUCCAACCUUCAGUUGGGUGGACGGCGCGCAGGCCUACUUCGUCUUGCAGGAAGCAACAUCUGGCACACAGCAAGGCCUCAUAGAUCUUUACUACAACAAAAACACCCAGGCUUGGAUGAUCUCCAAAGACGGCACUGAGCGCUACACCCGCAGUGGCUUCUAUUUCAUAGGUACUUGGAGCACCUACGGCGCCAGCAGUACACCUGCCCCGGCUGUCGCAGUGCACUGCAAUAACUGCCUUGCGGUCUCCGACGCGGGAACCAGCCGCGUGAACGGGGACUAUCUAUUGGCCACCCCCGACGCAACGCAUACCUGGGUGGAUACAGCACAGAGCUACCACGUGCUCACCCCAGCGACCAACAACAUGAUCAGCACGCAGGACGGACUGGUGGAUCUAUACUACAACAAGGACACCCAGAAGUGGAUGAUCUCGGUGGAUGGCACGGAGCUUUACACUGGUACCUCAAAGCAAGGCCCUUGGAGUGUCUACAACGGAAUGGGCGCCCAGCCACCGCCACAGGUGCUUGAUGCCAUGACCGCCUUCCAGUCAUCGCCGUCCAGCAACACGGACUCAGGGGACGCACAGGCAGCCGCAGCUGCCGGUCUCACUCUGUGGCUUUGGACGCUGGCCUAGGUUCGCUUUGGAGCACUUGUGUUUCUUG